AUGGCCGCCCCCUUCAGCCCCCGAGAGUGUAAGCUGUCCAAACAAGAGGGGCAGAGCUACGGCUUCUUCCUGCGGAUCGAGAAGGACACGGACGGCCACCUGGUGCGGGCGGUGGAGAAAGGCAGCCCCGCAGAGCGGGCGGGGCUCCGGGACGGGGACCGAGUUCUCAGGAUCAACGGCGUCUUUGUGGACCAGGAGGAACACAAGCAGGUGGUGGAUCUGGUCCGGAAGAGUGGGAAUUCAGUGACUUUUCUAGUUCUGGAUGGGGAUUCCUAUGAGAAAGCCGUGGAAGAAAAGGUAGACUUGAAAGAGUUGGGUCAGAGUCAGACGGGGCCAAGUCUGAAUGAUAAGAAACUGCCCCCUGUGAUGAACGGAGGCACCCAGGCCUGGACCCAGCCUCGGCUCUGCUACCUGGUGAAGGAGGGGGGCAGCUUCGGCUUUUCUCUGAAGACCGUCCAAGGCACAAAGGGGGUGUACAUGACGGACAUAACGCCGCAAGGCGUGGCUAUGAAAGCGGGGGUCCUGGCCGACGAUCACUUGAUCGAAGUGAACGGAGAGAAUGUGGAAGACGCCACUCACGAGGAAGUGGUUGAAAAGGUGAGGAAGUCAGGAAGCCGCGUCACGUUCCUGCUGGUGGACAAGGAAACGGACCAGCACCACAGAGAGCAGAAUAUCACCUUCAAGCGAGAAGCAGCCAGCUUGAAGUUACUGCCCCGCCAGCCCCGGGUUGUUGAGAUGAAGAAGGGCAGCAAUGGCUAUGGCUUCUACCUGAGGGCAGGCCCGGAGCAGAGAGGUCAAUUCAUCAAAGACAUAGAUUCUGGAAGUCCAGCAGAGGCGGCUGGCUUGAAGGCCAACGACCUGCUCAUUGCUGUCAACGGCGAGUCUGUGGAAUCCCUCAGUCAUGACAGUGUGGUGGAAAUGAUCAGGAAGAGUGGAGACCAGACUUCACUGUUGGUAGCAGACAAAGAGACGGACAGCAUAUAUAGACUGGCUCAUUUUUCUCCAUUUCUCUACUAUCAAAGUCAACAACUGCCUAACGGUUCUGUCAUGGAGGCUGCGGUUCCUGCACCUGUGCCUCUGGCCAGCUCUAGGCCAGAUCAUAAGCCCAAACUGUGCCGGCUGGUGAGAGGAGACAAUGGCUACGGCUUCCACCUAAAUGCAAUUCGGGGUCAGCCAGGCCCAUUUGUCAAAGAGGUGCAGGAGGGCAGCCCUGCCCAGCUGGCGGGGCUAGAGGAUGAGGACGUCAUCGUUGAGGUGAACGGGGUGAAUGUGCUGGACGAACUCUAUGAGAAGGUGGUGGACAGAAUCCAGAGCAGUGGGAAGAGUGUCACGCUCUUAGUCUGUGGAAAGAAGGCCUACGAUUAUUUCCAGGCUAAGAAAAUCCCUAUUGUUUCCUCCAUGGCUGACCCACUGGAUGUACCCCUUGAUUCCAAAGAAGAAACAUGGGCGGAGUCAGAGCUCGACUCACACGUGACAAAAGAACGAGCCCACAGCACAGCCUCGCAGUCUUCCUCCAAUUCUGAGGAUACAAGGAUGUGAGGAGAACAAUGGCUGUGGCAGAGCUGUUUCUGGGUAUUUAAUGGGAGCCCUUUCCAAGGAAUGAGCGGUCACCACCUGCUGUCUCUGGUGAAGAACCUUCUGGAAACCGGUCCAUCACGUGCAGUUGUUUUCGCUGUCAGUUGUCUCAGGGUGGCUACUGCAGAUGGCUUAUUUAUGGCCAACUCAGGAGAAGCUGGGGCGGGACCAGAUUCUUCUCAUGUGAUCUCUUUCAAGCUUCAACUUAACUGUAUUUCUCUGCAGGAUGAUAUCUCUUACUUCUAUGGGCUCCUUGAGACCAAAGGUGAUUCAUAAAUCUGUAAAUGUGAAGCUGCUAAUUAAAGGACUUGAGCUUGCCUAUUAAAAUUAUGCUUUUUAAAGAAUGUGUGGUUACUAUAA